AUGUCGAUCGUAUUCUACGCUUGGGCAGAGGCAGAGAGCGUUGAGUCGGUGCGCGCUCUCGAUGAGCCGCACACUCGUCACUCUUCGUCCCAAAUAUCUUCUCCCCAACCCACAGUCCGCAAGUCGACCUCCCCUUCACAGGACCUGUCCCCUUCGCCUAUCUCCCUUAUUCAAAAUGUCUCGACCCUUCACCUCAGUCCGACGCCACACAACCCCAAGCACAGGCACAAGCAGAAGAUUUCGCGUACGGAGAAGACUGUAAAGGCUGAACUGUGUUGCAGCGGAAACGACAGCGAUCAUCGCAGCGGAUUUGCACAUGAGUUCCUGUCGAUAUUCGUUGUCGAAAAGACCGUGGGGGAGGCGCCGAACUCGUAG